CCUCCAAACGGAAUCACACCUCUCAUCCUCUGCUUUCCGCAAAAGCCAUCACCACCACCACCACCGCCUCUUCUUCCUCCUCCUCCGCGUACAAGAACCUCUCCCCGCGUGCGCCCAGCACACACACCUGCGCCUCAUCUAGACAGGCAGUCGAUCGAUCAGUCAGUCGCCAUCAAUGCCGCCGCGGCGGGGGAUCGAGGUCCGGCAGGCGGUCGGCGACGGAGCAGCGCCGAGGUGGCGCAUGUCGCUGCUGGAGAACACGUUCAGCUCGUUCCUGCAGUCGAUCGGCGGCGGCGUGGCGGCGGACGGGGCGGCGGCGAGGGCCGUGUUCGGGGAGGGGUCGCUGUUCAGCCCCUUCCUGUUCGGCAAGUUCUUCGACCCGGCCGACGCCUUCCCGCUGUGGGAGUUCGAGCCGGAGGUGCUGCUCGCCGCGCUCCGCCGCGGGGCCAGGACCACCGUCGACUGGGCCGAGACGGACUCCGAGUACUACCUCAGAGCUGACAUACCAGGUGGGAGGAAAUGCGACGUGGAGGUGAGCGGCGACGACGCCAUGAGGGUGGUCGACGUCAGCGGGCUGUGGCGGGCGGCGCCGCCGCCGCCUCCGCCGGACGGCCGGGACUGGCGCGCCGGGCGGUGGUGGGAGCACGGCUUCGUCCGGCGCGUCGAGCUGCCGGAGGACGCGGACUGGAGGAAAGUGGAGGCCUUCUUCGACGACGGCGAGGGGUUGCUCGAGAUCAAGGUGCCCAAGUCCGGCGACGCCCACCAAGCGGCGGCCGCCACCGCCUGAGAAUCCUAACCUCGCCGGCGUCGCCGCGCGAUUGGAGAGAGCAAAUUAUUCUUCUUCUGAGUUCUGACAGUGACGGUGAAGAUGGCACAAAACUUGAUAAGAAUUUCUCAAAGAUAUGGAGGGACCAAAAAGUGAGCAAAGAUCAUCUCACACAUGUUGCAUAUGCAUUAACGUCCAAUCCAUGUGCCUGCAGAUGAUUUGUACUAGUACUAAUGUGUUAGCUUACCGUUAAAAAUGGAUCAUUAAUUAGCAUCGUGCAUAUGCAUCAGCAUCACAGUCACAGCAUCGCUGUCGAAUUGGUCGACGAUAAAAUGGGUCAUCGAGAUCAUAAAUUCGAUUCCGGAAUACAUGAACAUAUAUACAUAUCUAGGUCGCUGCUUUGAGAAAGUUGGAUUCUUCCAUUUUCUUUCGGCCAUGAUGUCUCGCUAUCACCCCGUUCUUUUUUCUCUCCCAGUGGCGGCAGAUGAGAAUCGGAAUUGACGAAAGCAAGACUGCUUUUUCUUCAGAUCUUCAGGUAAUUGUACCGCGUCGAAACUUUGAUUGGCCUGAUGGCUGAUGGCACUCAUCAUUUUGGUCACUGGAUUGCUUUAGAUUUUUGGUCACUGGAUUGAUUUAGAUUUUCAGCAAAUAAAUAAAAAAAAUAAAAAAGCAUUUUUUUUCA